UGCUCUGUGAUCUGUAUCUUUGUUUACUGUUCUGGUUGGUGUUUUUCAUGUUUUUCCGUUUUUGGUUGGUGAUUUGUUUAGCACCGCACGCAGGUACAUACAUACUGAUUAUAUUUAUUCUGGUUGCUGGUUGUCGGUUGAACUUAAAACUCCAAGAUGGAGGAACUGACCCACAAGUCCACAUAUGAUACCGACUACCUCAUAGAACCCAAGGAGGAAUUGCUAGACGACUGUGAGGAUGACAAGGGCGAUAAUAUACCAAAGGAAGAGCUGUCCAACACAAGUCCUCACCUAGACAAUGGUUUGAGUGAACAAAAUGUGGACAUGGUCAUGCCUAUCAAAACUGAACUAACUUUAUGUGCUAAUAUCGCUCAAAUACGCAGACAUUACGAGUCAUCUGAACAUGGAGUUGCAUCAGACAAGGAUGUGCACAUGGACACAGUAGAAGAGAUUAAACGCGAGCGGCGUGACGACGUGACCAUGGACUCGGCCAGAGUGCCUAAACAUGUUGCUCCUCUUCUGAAGAAACGUACGCCGAGUCAAAACGUUAGAGCUGCUGAGAAAAAGGGACAUUACUCUAGCAAUGAUUACGAGAAACAAUUUAAACUUAAAAGAAGUUUAGUUGGCUAUAUGAUCACUCACACUGGCGACAUACCAUAUUCAUGUCACGUUUGUAAAAAGACAUUUAAAUCAAACUGCUAUUUAGCUACGCACAUGAGAACUCAUACGGGUGACCGACCGUAUUCCUGCGACAUUUGCCAGAGGAAGUUUACAUGGAAAAGUAGUUUACCUAAUCACCUGAGAACUCAUUCUGGUGAGCGACCGUAUUCUUGUAAAGUUUGUAAAAAGACAUUUACACAAACAGGCAAUUUAACUAUGCACAUGAGAACUCAUACGGGUGACCGACCAUAUUCUUGCAUCGUUUGUCCGAAGAAAUUUACGCGGAGAAGUAUUUUAAAGAAUCACGUGAGAGCUCACACGCAGCCAUACUUUUGCAAAGUUUGUAAAAAAAAAUUUGCAUCAAAAAACAGUGUGCUCACGCACAUGAGACUUCACACGGGUGAGAAACCGUAUUCUUGCGAGAUCUGUCAGAGGAAAUUCACAUGGAAAACUUGUUUGAAUGAUCACCUGAGAAUGCAUACAAAUGAAAGACCAUAUUCUUGUUACAUUUGUCAGAAGAAAUUUCGUCAAAGAGCUAAUUUAAGUGUGCACUUGAAAACUCAUAGUUCAUCAGAUCAUCUGUAUUCAUGUCUCAUUUGCCAGAAAACAUUUACACGAAAAGGUAGUUUAACUUUGCACGUGAGACUUCAUAUGGGUGACCAGCCAUAUUCUUGCGGCAUUUGCCAGAAGAAAUUUACAACGAAAAGUAUUAUAAAGUGUCACAUGAGAGUUCACACUGGGGAGAAACCGUUUCCUUGUGAUAUUUGUCAGAAGAACUUUGCCUAUAAAGGUAAUUUAACUAGCCACUUGAAAACUCACGCAGAACAACCAUACUCUUGUAAAGUUUGUAAAAAGAAAUUUACUUCAACAGACGGUCUAACUGUGCACAUGAGAACUCAUACGGGUGAACAGCCGUAUUCUUGCAACGUUUGUCAGAGGAAGUUUACAUUGAAAACUUGUUUAACCAAUCACCUAAAAACUCAUUCAGGUGACCGACUAUAUUCUUGCGACGAUUGUCAGAGGAAAUUUACAAUGAAAAGCGAUUUAGCGAGGCACACGAGAACUCAUAAUGAUGAAAAUCCAAAUUUUCGUGUCGUUCAUCAGAAGGACUUUACACAAAAUAACUAUUUAACCACUAUACACAUCAAAACUGAUAUGGGGGAGCAACCAUUAUUCUUACGUUUGUAAGAAGAAAUUUACAUUGUAGAGGAGUUGGACCAGCCCACGUUAGGCACCAAUUUGUAGAGGUUACGCGGGCGAUGAAGAAAACACGAGGUCGAACUUGUCGGAAACUAGGUAGACAGCAAAAAGAAAAUAUUCUAACUUGGUAGACAAAUAAAAUCAUUGGGAAUGCCGUCAAUCAAGGAUAAGAAAUACCUACGCUGUCGACAACGCACGACCACGGCAU